CAAUGUUGCGCGCCAGAGCCAGUUGGAAUCGAUUUUCAAAGCGAUUGAAGCCAUUCGAAACCAGCUCAUUUUGCUCCAAAUCCCACAUUCAGAUCAACAAGAACAGCAAGAUCAAUGGCGACAACAAGGUUGAGUCGGAUCUGAGCAGCUACAACGAGGCGUACAAGCAGCUGGAUAACUUGGAUUUCAUGACCGCCUCCAAGAUCCUCUUCACCAAACCUUCCAAUAAAAAGAAAUUUGGGAUUGAUUUCCAUCUUGUGCAACUCUUCUUUGCUUGUAUGCCGUCUUUGGCUGUUUAUCUAGUCGCCCAGUAUGCUCGUUAUGAAAUGAGGAAGAUGGAAGCGGACCUGGAGCUGAAAAAGAAGAAAGAAGAAGAAGAGAAAGCUAAACAACUAGAGUUAGAAGAGACUGAAGAAAUCCAUGAAAAGAACCAGGAGCUUCAGGAGGUAAAAAUAAGACUCGAUAAACUUGAGGAAACUAUAAAGGAAAUUGCUGUUGAACCCAGAAAACAAUCAGGCACUGGUAUUAUAACAAAGAACUCUGAGAAAGGUCAAGACGUUGAUAAAACCAAACAUGGGGCAAAUAUUGAUCCAAGCAAGUCUAUGGAUGACCCUCUUGGUGGACAAAAAAUAGUACCGGCUCCAGUUUUGCCGAAAGGUCGUGCAAGUGAGUCUACAACACGAGAAGAUGGUAAGCAUCAAAACCAAAGUGGAGGAUCUUCUCCAUAUGCCAAGAGUUGAGGAAAACGCCUCUUAACAUUACUGCAAUAUCCUGCGCAUGGUAAUCUUUCUUUUUGACGAAGGUAGAGAAAUGGAGUGAACCAUGUUGCCAAGAAUCCAAUGGUUCCAAGUUUUGUUAAUAAUUAUAUUGCUUGAGGCUGUAGCUUUGAUCAUUAACAAUGUAAAUGGUUAAUAGGUAUAUGACAAUUAAUUACCUCAUGAUUGACAAUCGAUUUCUGUUUGUGUUAUGCAAAUGUACCCAGCUACAAAACAUUUCUUCUC